GGUCACCUCAGUGUCACCUUACAGUUAUAUCCCGGCGUGGAGACCUCAGGAGACCCAGCGAGCGGGAGAGAAAGGGUCCCUGACCCGUGCUCGACCCAGCAUGUGUGUUUAUCGUGGCCACAGGGCCGGAACGUACCACUGCCUCACUGUUUUCAGGGGGGUGUCGUGUGCCAGAAGAUGAAUAUGUAGAUAUGUCUCUGAGUGUUUAGUCUGUGGAGGAACAUGUGGUGUGUGUCGUGCAGGACGAAGCGUCUUACUGCCCGGAAUGUACAAAUCUAAAUAUAGAAGUCACACACGUCAUAUCAUCGUCCACGUCUAUCAAGGAUCUGUACUCAAAUCAAACGUCCACUUUGAGUGAACACUGAGAGGUUACGUUCCUCUGUGUUGUUGUUGAUGUGCAGCCGUUGUUGAAGGUCGUCUCCAUGCAGCACACACACACACACACACACACACUCUGACACGCAUGUGUUUUACAGCCUGCAGCGUUUCCUAAAAUGAAUCUGAAGAGCUGUCUUUAAAUAGCGCUCCAUGCUUUUUGUUUCCCUGAGCACAGAAAUGAAGACGCACUGUUUUUAAGAGGAAGAGAGAGGAAGGGAGAGGAAGAGAGAGGAAGGGAGAGGAAGAGGAAGGGAGAGGAAGAGAGAGGAAGAGAGAGGAAGAGAGAGGAAGAGAGAGGAAGGGAGAGGAAGAGAGAGGAAGGGAGAGGAAGAGGAAGGGAGAGGAAGAGAGAGGAAGAGAAAGGGAAAGGAAGAGAGAGGAAGAGAGAGGAAGGCCUGACGUGUUUGUCUGCAGACGGACGGAGAGAAGACAUUUUCAUCAGGAUUAUCCUGCAGCAGAGAAGCGUGCGUGCGUGCGUGCGUGCGUGCGUGCGUGCGUGCUCCAUCCAUCUGUUCUCCUUGGUAAAUGUCGGUGGAGUUCCUCCCACUUGAUUACACUGUUUAUUCGCUGUCCCCCCCCAUGGAGACUCCAUGAAGCUCUGUGAAGGUUCAACACGCUGCACGUGGACUGAGGCAGAAUUCUGCGGGCGCCAAAACGAUUGCUCAGAUGGUUGAUGGACAGUGGUCUGUCGACUUCUAAAGCUGCUCGUAGAUCUGUUCUCACAACGCUGAAACAUUUCCCCUCGCAGUUAGAUGUGAAGGUGUAGACGCCAUUCUUUAUACCCAUCAGCGGCGAGGAGUGACGCACAGCUGCCACUGUUGUUGUGGCGUGUAUUAAUGCACGUGUUGCAGAUUAAUGCAAAGCAGGUGCGUCGGAUGAGGUCGAGGAUCGUAGCGAGCGACCCCGAGCGGGAUGAGCUACACGCAUCAACACACACUGAACUGUUCUCACGACCAGGAUGAAAAUGCGGCGGCACCGGGUGUUCUUGCUGUGCACAGUGGGCUUGUGUGUCAUCUCCUUCCUCCACUACUACAAGGCCCUCCACUACGUCUCCCUGCUGCGUGAGCUCUCCGCCCCGUACCCCAACAUCAAGUCCUUCAUCAUGGUCACCGGCUUCUUCUGGAGGGAGAAGGGUGUGGGCACCACCCCUCUCAGCCCCGCCUCCCCUGAAGAGGCCCCUCCCCUACCUGUGCUCCACCAAUCGGACACCAAAGCUAGAGCCGUGGCGAGCGCUGGGGGAGGAGGGGGAGGAGGAGGGCUGGGUCUAGGGAUCGGGGGGGUCAUGGUUGGAGGUGCUGGGAUCGUUGGCAGCGCAGGGCUGGAGAUAAGGGUGAGGGAGGAGCCGGCUCCCCCUCACCCUUGGGAGAAACCAGAAGAGAACCAGCGGGGAGACUCUCCGAAUGAGGAGAGACCUGUAGACCACUUGAAGCCGCGAAACCCCAGCUACCCAGCCCAACCUGCCGGGCCUGACCUCCCAGUGGUCCCAUUGGUGGGGAAAGAGCACCGGGACUUGUUGCUCAGGAAUCAUUUGCCUGACCCCUUAGAAUCCAUGGGAGACCUCCACACCCGCACUCACCAGCUUCAACACGACAAAACGGCGUACUUUGUCCGAACCAAAGCUGGAGCCCUUUGUUUCAGGCAGGGGACAGAAGUCGUUACCCAAAAGGAGUACUCUGGGAAGUCGGGGGGGUCUGUGGCUAACGGAGCAGGGGACGGUGCUCGAGCUGCAGGGCAAAGGAAACCUUUGGAGAUCCAGCAGCAGCCCUCCAUAGCUCCAAAGUCCAAGACCAGGAUCAGGGGCAGCGGGAAGCGGCUGGUUAAGUGUGUAUGUCGGCCGGGGUGGCACGGACCUUACUGUGGGGUUCCCACCAUGGUGUACCACUCCAACAUGCCCACCAAGGAGCGGCUGACGCCCAGGGAGACGCCGCGGAGGGUGAUCAACGCCAUCAACGUCAACCACGAGUUUGACCUGCUGCAUGUUCGCUUUCAUGAGCUCGCCCAAGCAGUCGAUCUUUUCCUCAUUUGUGAAUCCAACUUUACUGCCUAUGGAGAGAAACGGCCUCUGAGUUUCCUGCGGCUCCUCCUCAACGGUACGUACGACUACAUACGUCACAAGAUCCUGUACGUGUUCCUCGAUCACUUCCCAGACGGCGGUCGGCAGGACGGCUGGAUCGCUGACGACUACUUGCGUACCUACCUGACACGCAACGGCUUGUCAAGGGUGGUGGGCAUCAGAUCGGACGACGUCUUCGUCAUCAACGACGCAGAUGAAAUCCCCGCACACGAAGGCCUCCUUUUCCUCAAGCUGUUUGAUGGCUGGACCGAGCCUUUCGCCAUCCAUAUGCGCAAGUCACUGUACGGUUUCUUCUGGAAGCAGUUUGGCUCUCUCGAGGUGGUAUCUGGCUGCACGGUGGGGAUGCUCCGCGACGUUUACGACGAUGACGGUAUCAAGCUCCGCCGUCGCGAAUACUACACCAUGCCGGGUUUCCGGAAGUACGAGAACGACACGGGCCACAUCCUGGUGCAGUGGUCCGUGGGCAGCCCCUUCCAUUUCGCCGGGUGGCACUGCUCUUGGUGCUUCUCGCCCGAGGGGAUCUACUUCAAGCUGGUAUCGGCUCAGAACGGAGACUUCCCGCGGUGGGGGGACUACGAGGACAAGCGUGACCUCAACUACAUCCGCGAUCUUAUCCGGACGGGGGGCUGGUUCGAUGGCUCCCUUCAGGAAUACCCCCCUGUGGAUGCCAAAGAGCACAUGUACGCCCCCAAGUACAUGCUGGAGCACUAUGACAGGUAUCACUACCUCCUGGAGAACCCUUACAACAAAGUGUCCGGACUGAGUGAGGGCUAGGCGUUCAGCUGGUAAAAUAACUAGUAGGACCCGUGUGAGGCCUCAACACUAGGUUUUGGGGGGCGAAACGGUACUGAUGAACUACAUCUCUCAUUGGAGCGAUACUACGUGCAUCUCCAUCAGGCAGCACUGAUGUUGCAGGAACUUUUAAAAUCUCUUAAAUCAUUAUUUUGGGGUCACAAAGGGAACACUGAAUCACUUCCUCCGUGGAUUUACAGAGAGAUCGUUGAGAGGAUACAACCACUGGAUAAACAAAAUCAUAGUUUUCCUCAUUCCUUCCUUUUUGGGGGUGGAGGCAAGCUAUCUCUCUUUCUGUCCCCCCUGCCCCUGUCCUCUCUUUCUUCACCCGAGCCGAUUGGACGUGCCUGCUGUCUGAGAGAAAGGGUCUGCUUUGAAGUAAAGAGAGGGAUACUUCUCAGCGGCGUGAAGCCUCUGGAGACCAGAAGCUUGGAAGUGAAUAAUUGUUUUGUUUUCUUCUGUUUGUGUUUACUAAAGUUUACGGACCGGCUGAUCCCACUUCACUCUCCCACUUCAGAUGUCUUCCUGUCAUAUUUGGUGACCUCCUUCCAGAACUCGCUCAGAUAAUACGUUAUCCUCGGAUCUCAGUAGAAAAGUAUAAAUCCUAUUAAACCCCGCCGGAGUACCCACUGCCAAACGAAAAGGAAUGACUCGCUGGAGAUGUCUCGGCUCAUUCAUGUAAUCACCCUCAUCCACAUGCACCUUAGACCCUGUGUGUGUGGUUUGUGCAGGAGGGACAAGAUCAGUGAGAGGAAACAGAAAGCGAGCGAGUCAUCGGGGGGGGGGGGGGGAUGGGAAAACAGCACAAGUGAGACAGAAAGGAGAGUAAUGAGGGAGGAAGAGAGCGGUGAUGAAAGGGAAAGAAAAGGAGGCUCUCUCAGCGUUCCCUCUUCCCACAGUGUCUGCUGACGCACGAGUGUUGCAGGGAUGUGUGUGUGUGUGUGUGUGUGUGUGUGUGUGUGUCCCUCAGAGCUUACAGAAUGCGCUGAAUAAAUCAUGCCCCGUUGAUGGCAUCCGAGACGGAUGAAACUCCCCGUUAUUGUUUGUCCGAUGAGAACAAUGGAGACCGGUCGGCGAGCGAUCGGCCUUCAGUUUCGUCUUUCUGUUUAUCCAGCAGCUGAGAUGACUUUGUUUCCUUGGAAACUAAAGUACAGUAUGUGAGACGGGAUGGGUGCUGUUGAGAUGAGUGGGUGGGUUCACAUCAGGUGAGGAGCUGCAGCGUUCAAACCAGGUCAACGCUGGCGACUGUCUCAGUUAAAUAUUCCUCAGCUGUCAAUCGCCGUCUCUGGAGACGACACUUCUGUGUCUCUCCUGGACUCUGACGUUCUCUUCAGGCCGCUAAGUGUCCUCUGCUUCUUGCUCUUCAUCCUCAUUAACUAGACAUGUUCUUUCUCUACAUAUCCUCUAUGGCACACAUGUUGAAAUCUAACUUUCUACACACACACACACACACACACACACACACACACUCUGGCUCUCACUUUAUUUUGGGUGUGUAUCCAUUAAUCCUCACAAGAAUGUCUCAAUAAUAGGAUAUAUUUAUCUUCUUCACGCCUCAUCUCUCCCUGUCUCGACAGGACAGGGGAGUUACCAUGGCGAUGCUUUCCCUGAGCCCACAGAUCAUCUGAACAUCUAGCCUCCCCCCCCCCCCACAUUGUUACAGUCUUGUCAAGGGCAUCAGAAAGUUGAACAUGCAGCAGACAGACGAGUCAGAAAACAGCGAACGCAUUGAUGUUUCUUUUAAUUGCAGAUUGACUGCAUCCACCAUCUGCUUCGUCAGCGCCUGUCUGGGCUUCAUACUUAUUGUUUACCUCCGCUUCAAGCUAGUUGCUGUUUCAAAGUGAACUGAGCCUCAAGAGGCAUAACAAGUUUUGGGGAGGAAACUUGAUAAGUUGCAGCGGGGCCAGGAGAUGACUGAGGAUACUAACCCUAACCCUUAUGCACAUUGAGAUACAAAAGGCUGUUCACCUCCCUUAAAGCCUUCUCACUCAUCGAGUCCCUUUGAAAUGUACGACGAGUGUUUCGGUCACAAACAAGCUGAGGCUUUGCUAAACUAGUGUGAGCGUAUCAGUCUGUCGCUCGCUCACCACGCCGGCUCCUCGCUCAGCUCAUAGCGGGGAGAGCAGAUUAGCCAACAGGCGGCUGACAGUUGCGUUGGGUCUGUGCUGCGGCCUCGAUGGCAGCGCGGUCUGCAGCGGCAGCUGUUGGGGGUUUGUGUUGUUGGUGUUGGGAGCCAAACCCCGCAGGGGCUGCAGAGACACAAGCUUUAAGCAUGUGACGGAGGAGACGGAGACAAUGCUGCGUGGAGGUGACCUUUUAAGAAAGGUGAUGAUUGAUGGAACAAAAACCUUCUGGAUUCUAAAUCUCAGAUGUUAAAUCAUGAAGGUUGUGAACCAUAAAAUCCCGCUGUUUCAUCGGAUCUGUUUUUUGGGCCAUUUUAUUUGGCUGCGCUCUGGAAUUAAAAACCAAAUCAUCUAAACUGUUGUUCAACAAAACAAACAACUUCAAGGCCUCAAACCUCGACCAGGUGCAGCCUCAGUCCUCUGUCCGUAACAUGAGUUCAUGUAAGCGUUUAACCCGAGCCUGUAUGUCGGCAUUUUUUAAACAGCGUGUGUGUGACGGAGUGAUGAGGGCCCUACACUCGUUCUGUUGCCACGUUAUCGUCAUGGUAACUAUCCCCUAGAUAAAUUUGUGAGAUCCCCAACAGCCUGAGGUCAUCGACCCGAGACAGCCGGCCGAUGGGGUGAGAGGCGAGGGAGCAGUGACACACACGUCGGGUCCCAUUAACCAGCACACACCUGUGCUGCUUUUGUACGUCGUUGAUUUGACUGACUCAUCACAGCAAGCGGACGCUCUGCAUGAAGAGCAGGAAAGUCUAGAGCCAGGAAUAAAACAUGAACGGGGAACGGGGACUGAGCAAAGACGGGAAACAGGAAUAAAAAGAGACACUUUGGAAAUAAUCCCUGCGCCGCGGUUCCCAGAGAACGAUCGGGGGAAGUCAUGGCAGCCGGGAAAUGAAAAGCGUCCACAUGAAAGAAGCAGCUCGUCGUCCCUGUAAAAGGAGACGUGAGGGUUAAAACCAAAAAGAGGUUGGCGGCACCUCACUGGACUCUCAGAUUUUGUAGCGCCGAAACAAACGUUACAGGACAGUCUGACUGAUCGUAGCCCUGCUGUCAUCUGUCAUUAAAUCCAUAAAGCGAUAACACGUGCUAGGAAAGCACUCAGCUGUCUUUAUUGUCCGUUCAGUUUUUGAUUUCAGAAACUAAACUAACUAAUGAUCCUCCUAAAAGACUUGAUCCUACAGUUCCCGUAACGCAUAGCUUCUUUCUUCUGGACCUUCGCUGCCUGGUAGACGUUCACGUCUUUCAAACUCCAUGCCAGCAGUUCAUAACGCAGCUUAUUAUAAAUGUAAAGUCCCAAAAGCCCACGCUGAGAGAACCCGGAUGACCUCACGAUGAUCACCGGCUCUAUUUUCUCAAACUCGACAAAACUUCUCUCGACGGAGACACAGGAAGCUAGUUGGACGAAGCACGACGAGUAAACAGAUCAAAAUAAUCAAACAUCAUGAAUAUUCCCGUUGACGUGCAGCAGUAAAAACAAAAGCAAACUGCAGUAAAACCCCGACUGAGACUCGUAUUGUGAUCACGUGUUAAAUAAAGAUCCUGAAACCUGAAUAUGAUCUGCACAUCACACACGUCUUAAUCAGAACACAGCCUGAUGUUUACAUGAAGCGUAUCAAACUCCCAAUAUUCAGAAUGUUGUUGCAUGUAAACGUAGUCGUCAGCCUGUUAUUAGUGCAGCCCUCCGUCAGCACACACACUAACCACACACACAUGUUUGCAUUGAGCAUGUGUGUGUCUCCUGCACAGAUGUGUGUCUCCAGGGCUGUGGUGCCCCCCCCGCCCCCCAUCUGUUGUUUUGCUUGCAGAGUGGCUGCCUCUCUAAGGGGCUUACAUGCCUUCACGGUUCUGGCCCCCUCACCAGCCCUGUGGCUUCCACCGAUUGAUCUUUUCCAAGAAGCAUUAGAGGCAGGCAGGCCGGAAAUCAAGGAGGAGGGUAUGUGGGGGCGUGGGGAAGAGAGGAUCGUUUCUCUCUCUGGUCGUUCCUACGUGCAUCUGGAAUGUGUGCAAACCUUUUAAACAAUACGAAGAAGUGCCAACUGUACCGUCUCAGUCCACUGAAGACCACUUUCCCUUCAUCGUCUGGAAUGACGCUAAACACUUUCCUGAAGAUGUGAUGUUGAAAUAGAAACCAGGCGUCACGUCAGGCAACGAAAAGCUGCUGCUGUUGUCAUCUUGGCUGUAGACGUUGUUAUUCUCUUGGUGUGAGAACACACUCCACAAGCGGAGCGGCCACAUUAACUCCGGCAGCUGCAGCGAUGUGUCACCGCUGAUUGGAAAGUAUGUGGUGUUACUAACCACAAGCAUCGCCCAAAACAAGUGCAAGUCUACGUCUUCGUGCUUCGUUGCAUUUCAGGGCUUUGUGGGUCUUAGACUCAAACCUACAGAUGGUGUUAUAAGGACCAGUUCACCCAAAUACCAGAACUCUUCCCUCCAGCGCUGCAGUAUCCAGGUUUAGUUUUGAGCCGUCGACACAGAGGCAUCUCCAGUUUUUACUUCUACCAAAGUGUUAGUCCCUCCGAACACUGUUGACCGCAUAUUCUCAAGAUCAUCCAGAGUUACAGACACUGUGAAAAUAUACAGGUUCUGGGGUCCAAGCAGCUUUAACAGCUGGAGAUCAUAUUAUCUACCUAAGGAAAUAUUCCAGUGUGCAGAUCUUUUGUAUUGUUCUGUGGUGGAGGAAGUAUCCUCCUGGCUGGAUACGUGAGGACAUUUGGGUGAAGCCCCAAAAUGCUGCAACAAAAAACCCUCCUUUUUGUUGUAUGGCUCUUUUUAAUGAGUAAAUCAAUUGGGUCCAGUUCUGUUCACUAAAGCAGACAACUCGUGUAAAUGUUGCAUGGAAGAUAAUUUGCCAUCGCAAAGACGUCGCAUUGAGCAGCAGGUUAGAAGCCGUGUUGCAGAUGAAAUAGUGGAAACGUUCUUGAUGCUGAUUGAGGAGACUCCUGGAAACAUGUCACGCUUUGUCUAAACAAUGCGUCUGGCAUUUAUAACAGCAAGGUGUGUGUGUGUGUGUGUGUGUCUCAGGACUCAUAACACGACAGAUUGUUGGCUUCGGGGUGGGUGUGGGACGAGUCCAUAUGUUGUGGCUCCGCAGAUCUAAAAGAUGAAAGUCAGUGUGGCGUCGCGGAGACAGAUGGACGCAGUGACGCGUAGGUGAGCGAAAAGUCGUGCGUUCAGACGGACAUGAGAUGCUAUCAACUUCAAUAAGAGACUAAUCAUUCCAAAGGUUCCCCUUUAACUCUCAACGACCUUUAAUCUGCUUCAUCGGGACUGUGGGGGUUUCAUCAGAAGAUGCUAGAUCCUGAUUGGUGUGUUAUUCCUAAUUACACACACACACACACACACACACACUUCUAACUUUGUGGCAACAGCUUGGUGAAGGUCUUCUCCUGUUUCAGCAUCACAACGCAUCGCCAACGUGGCCUCAACCCUUUGACAUGAAUUCAUUAAUGAAUCACGGCCAUGUUCCUACAUCUUAUGGAGAGGCCUCCCAGAAGUCUGUGUGUGUGUGUGUGUGUGUGUGUGUGUGCGUGUGCGUGUGCGUGUGUGUCUACUUUGUAACUUGAGCCUACCUGCAAUUCUCAGAAAAGUUGCCGUCCCUUAGCGGCCUGCCCUGAACUCAGACUGAGGCAGAGACAGGGGUUAGAAAAAAGGCAAAUGAAGG